GCAGUUAAAACAGACGUUUCAGUUUUGUUGCUGGACAUUUCGAACCACGGAAAACCGGAACCGUUUCGACUCUACAUUGUUGCUUCAUUGAGCACAGCUGAAGCGUCUGGUGAAUCUUAACGAGCUGUUUGUGGCAGCAGUGUCUCGCGAAAUUCUGCACAAAGAAGAUGAUUGUGAGGAAGCUGCUGAAGGCCAUUCUCAGCGUGGAGCAAGCAGAGGGAGCCGGCGCCCGGGUCCGGAGGAGCAUUGGCAGGAAGGAACUGAGCAACUUGGAUCCUUUCCUGAUGCUGGAUGAAUUUAAGGUGUCCAAGCCGGCAGGUUUUCCAGACCAUCCUCACAGAGGAUUUGAGACGGUCACAUAUGUUUUGGGGGGAAUCACAGCCCAUGAGGACUUUUGCGGUCAUUCUGGACGUCUGAUGCCUGGAGAUUUACAAUGGAUGACAGCAGGACGGGGGGUGGUCCAUGCCGAGAUGCCUGUGUCAGAGGAGCCAGUGGUGGGACUGCAGCUGUGGGUGAACCUCCGAAAACAAGAAAAGAUGAUUGAACCAGCAUACCAGGAGCUUAAAAGCUCGGAGAUCCCCAAACGCAGCCAGGGUGGGGUCACAGUCGCCGUGAUAUCCGGAGAAGCUUUGGGAGCAAAGUCCAAGGUCUACACAAGAACACCAACCUUGUAUUUGGACUUCAAACUGCAGACCGGGGCCGUGCAUGUGCAGCCGGUCCCAUCUGGAUGGACCACCUUCAUUUAUACUCUCUCUGGAACUACUCAUGUCGGCCCAGAUCAGGACCAGCAGCCGGUGGAGGCUCAUCACACUGUGGUGUUUGGAGACGGUGAUUGUGUCAGGUUUGAGAACAAGGGCUCUGAAGUUUCUCAUUUUGUGCUGAUUGCUGGAGAACCGAUCAACGAGCCUGUGGUACAACACGGUCCGUUUGUAAUGACCAGUCAGGAGGAGAUCCACCAGGCCAGGAUGGAUUUCCAGAAUGGCACAAAUGGCUUUGAAAGAGCCAAAAGCUGGAGGUCCAAAAUCAGAGAUUCUUCUUAAGCAGUGAAGCUUUUUACACAGAUUGUUUCUGUCUGGCACUAUGGGAGUGGAUGGAUGUUCUCAAUAAUUUUGUGAUAUUUUGGUAUAAACCUGAUGUACAACACAAAAAAAAAAGAUCCUGGUUUAGAGUUUUAAAUAUACUUAUACCUAGUCAUAAUGCUUUACACGGGUAUCUUUCUUAUGCUGUUUGUAGUUACAGAAACACUAUAUGCAAUACUUUAUUUGGUGUUUUUAAGUGGGUGCAAAAAUACAUGUAAGGUAGAUUUGAGCUGUUAUAAUUUCUUGAUUAACUGUGAGCUGUGGUGUUCUUUUUGUCGGUGGGAUUUUCUGACCAUCCUCCUCCACCUCUUUCCUUUUCCAUCGUUGUGGCCUUCAACCCUAAACUUUUCACUUCCAUUGUCGUCAUAAUUAUCUUGGCUGCUAGAUGCCGUCAUUAACACAAACUGCGAGUGCUGUGUUGAGACGUUUGUACCAACCUGCUUCGUCAUGGUGGAAGGAAAGUCUCUUAUUUUGCUAAAAAAGAACAACACAACAGAUGCCUAUAUUCUUAAUCAGCACUUUAGAAAUGGAGAUUAGCACAUAUAUUACAUACAUAUUGAUCUGUAAGGAGCCUUCAGAGACUUAGUUUAUUUAAAAAAAGAGGAUUUUAAAUUUUGUUUUGAGAAUUUGUGGCAUAAAUUCAUCCUUGUGGAUUUAUAACCCCUGCAACAUGGUGCUGAUUAAAGCAUGCCUUACUGACGGAGAGUGUUUAGUCGCUGCUACUGGGACAUAGUUCCUAUUGAUUAAUUCAUCUCCACUGACGUUUCCCUGGUGACACUUGUUAUAUUUUAAUACAAGGUUUGGCAAAAGACUCAUUUUCCAUGAAUAAUAAGCACUUUGUUUGCUCUCCUUUAUUUAAUUGACUCGCUACAUGUUCACUCAAAUUGUAUUCCAUCUUCCCUUUAAAGCAGAAGUUACCUAAUGCAUAUGAGUAAUAAAAGUUAAGAAGUAGUUUACAUUGUAUUAAACUCAUCAUUUUUAGGACGCAAGGUUCUCCAGCAUUGUACAUUUGAAAAUGUACAACUUUGAAGACCGUCUCGAUUGGACAAGUAUGAUAACGAUCAUAUUUUCCCAUCUUCUAAUAUUAUCGAAAACUACAGAUUACAGAUGCCAUAGAUGUUUUUGCUGUUGAUGGUGGUGCAUUUCUUGCAAAUUAAAUACUAAACUUAAUGUGUCGGUCGGUGAGGGUUAGUGGAUAGGAUGUCUGGGAGACGGGUGUGGUGCUGGCUUCUUACUUCCCAUCACAUGUUACGAUGGUCUGGAUCACAUUUAAAACACGUGUUCCAGCUUUUGGCCAGGGACAUGCAAGUCUAGAGGAAAAACACGGGUGAAAGGGUUAGAUGAUCUGUCAACUUGAUACAAAGGUUUAAAUAACAGAAACAAGAAUCACAAGUUGUGUUGUUACUAUUACCUUAGGGUUAUUUUCCCAUAAAAAUCAAAGCAGUCUGAAGCAGCAUAGCCAUAAAGUUCUACAUCCUGAAAUCUACACUAAUAGUAAAGAGCAUUUUUGCAGACAAUGAGUCUAACAGGAAACCUCAUCCUAUUCAUCAAAGCUUUAGCAGGACUGUCCCGGUUUAAAGCCCAUCUCUCCAUUUGGCUCAAACACGGAGGAAGGAAGGUUAUUGCUAAAUUCUCAGGCUACGGCUUUUAUGACGAACUUGUACUUAACCAGUUCCUGCCAGGACAGCAGACUGAUGUAUGUUUAGUCCAUCUAAAUGAAUAGAACUCCUUAAUUUUACCUUCACUGUUAUGCAGUUUCCUUCGGUUUGCUGCAGAUGCUUCAUCGUUUAACAUGUGAUAAAUGUGUCCCGAUUUCCUUUUUUUGUUCUUUUUUUUUCUAAAUGGUUUGUCUCGAAAUAAUCUUAGAAUAUAUUAAAAAUGGGGAUUCUAAUUCA